CGGCUCAAUACAAACCAAAAACAACCAAGAAGAAAAAAAGAAGACGAGGGAUCUCAAUGCUGUGUUCUUGAACUGACAACACUCGCCACACCACAAACCUCCACCAUGGCUUCUCCGCAACCACCUCCCCAGAACCGCUCGAUCCUCAUCAUCGGCGGCGGCACCUUUGGCCUCUCCACCGCCCUGUCCCUCGCCCGAGCCACCGCAUCCUCUGCUGACAGCCAAUCCACAACAACAACGACAAUCACCGUCCUCGAGAAGGACACCCAGAUCCCCUCGCGCUUCUCCGCCGGCCACGACCUCAACAAGAUCAUCCGCGCAGAGUACGCAGACCCUUUCUACACGGACCUCAGCGUGCAUGCCAUCCGCAAGUGGCAGACCGACCCGCUCUACCAGCCCUACUACUUUGAGCGCGGCUACCUCAACGUCAUCUCGGCGGCGGCCCCGGCGGCCACGAGGCAAGGCCUGGACAAGUACCGCGCCUCGCUCGAGACGCACCCGGCCUUCCGGGGCAAGGUCCGGGCCGUCCGGGGCGCCGCCGAGGUGAAGCGGCUCGUGGCCCAGUUCGACGGGCCGUGUGAGGGAUGGGAAGGGUACUACAACGAGAUGGCCGGGUACGCGCACUCGCGGGACGCCAUGGACGCCGUGUACCGCGAGUGCAAGAGGGAGUUUGCCGACCGGGUCAAGUUCUGCGUCGGGCCCGAGCACGGCGAGGUCGAGCGGCUGCUCUUCGAGGGCGAGGGCGAGGGCGGGGCCGGCCGCUGUGUCGGCGCGGUCACGCGGGAUGGGCAGGUGCACCGGGCGGACACGACGAUAGUGACGGCGGGCGCGGGCGUCGUGUCGCUGAUGCCCCAGCAGCUCGCGGGCAGCAGCAGCAGUAGUCCGGGAAGGGGACUGGGCCUGGGCAUCACGGCCAGGUGCUGGGGCGUCGUGCACAUCCAGCUCACGCCCGACGAGGCCGCGGCGCUGAGGGGCAUCCCCGUGACCAUGGUGCGCGACCUGGCCUUCUUUUUCGAGCCGGACCGCGACACGAACAAGCUCAAGUUCUGCCACAUGGGCGGGGGCUAUCACCAUCUUGUUCACCAGGAGUCCUCAUCAUCGUCAUCAUCAUCAUCAUCAGCGCAGAGCAGUGUGGCAGAUGCAGGGCCGCCACGAGACCUCGCAAGCUCGCAGUUCGUGCCCGAGAUCGACGUCCAGCAUAUCCGCCGCCUGCUGCGCGAGGCGCUGCCCGCCCUCGCGGACCGGCCGCUCAUCGACGCGCACCUGUGCUGGAUCGCAGACUCGGGCAACUCGGACUUUGUCAUUGACUUUGUGCCCGGGGCGGUGGGCAAGUCGCUGGCCGUGGCGACGGGGGACUCUGGCCACGGCUUCAAGAUGCUGCCCAUCAUCGGCGACAUUGUCAAAGGCCUGCUGGAGAGCGGCGAGCAGAGCGUGGCCCGGUGGCGCUGGGCGGUCCACGAGCGGAACAAUAAUGACGGCAGCGUGGACGGUGUGCGGAACUGGCGCAACGGGGCCGGCAAGGACCUGGCCGACCUCGUCCGGGCCAAGCUUUGAGGGCGGAAGAUUGGCAUCGGCUGGGCGUCGCCUUGGUUCAGUUCGCGCAGUGUGCCGUUGAUUGCCGGCCCUAACGUUUGCGGGGGUUAGCGUCCGGUGCCGGCGAGGGAUCGGCGGCUUUCCCACCCCGGCCACACUUUAUCUCCCGGGGCUCCGUCGGAGCAGCGGGAAUGCUGAUUGGUGCCCAGACGCCAGAAUGGGGGGUGCGCAGAUCCCUGUCUGGAGUGACAGCGUAGUAGCCAGAACCAGGGUAGCUUUAUCUCUAUCUGCACACGUUACAUUCCCU